AGAGGCGGGGAGGGCGGGCGAAGCGCGGAGAGAGGGAGCGCUGAGUGGGUUCGGGCCGCACUCGGGGCCGCCGCCUCUGCUGCCGCCGCCGCCGCCGCCGCCGCCGCCAUUAGCCGAGGGGGAGCUUGCGAGGAAUGAAAGAGAUUGAGGUUUUCUACUGGGUGGACUAUUGCUCUUUAGAAAGAACAGCCACUCGCCUGUGGCGAAUAUGAAUCUCCUCCAGGCAACCAGGCACAGAAGCAUUAUAAAGGGCUUUGGGCAAGCCACAUUAAGUUAGUAACAAAGUACGUCAAUAAUCUAAACCAGAAACGUAAUACACCAUCCAGUAACAGGCUACCAGAAAUCAGCUAAAACAUCUUAGAACUAUCUGGCAACUGUGCAGAGGACAAGAGAGACUGCUGACAGAGUUGCUGGCUCCAACUGAGGAUUCAGAAUGGGAGACAAGCCUAUUUGGGAGCAGAUUGGUUCCAGCUUUGUACAGCAUUACUACCAGUUAUUUGAUACAGACAGGACUCAGUUAGGAGCAAUAUACAUAGAUGCCUCAUGCCUUACAUGGGAAGGACAACAAUUUCAGGGCAAAGCAGCUAUUGUUGAAAAACUCUCAAGCCUUCCCUUUCAGAAAAUACAGCACAGUAUCACAGCGCAAGACCAUCAGCCCACGCCUGACAGCUGUAUACUCAGUAUGGUAGUUGGGCAGCUUAAGGCCGAUGAAGAUCCUAUUAUGGGAUUCCACCAGAUAUUUCUAUUAAAGAACAUCAAUGAUGCUUGGGUUUGCACCAAUGACAUGUUCAGGCUAGCAUUGCACAACUUUGGUUGAGACAGCAUCCCCGAGGCACCUGUACUUUUCUUUUCUCCUCUCCUCCUUACAGAUAUUAAUCACAUUCAUGGAACAUUCCAAAUAUCAUACACAAACCUACAACACACCACGGCAAGCAAGCAAGACCUGCGACAUGCCCUUCUGAAGAGUUUAUGUUGUGUCACUAGAAGAGUUCCUUGUGCAUGAUGUUUGGAAGUUAGACUUAGCUGCAUUUGACAAGGGAAAUGUGUGUGUUUACCAGCAUGCCUCGGGAAGCAUCCAUAAUGCAAAAGGUUGUGUUUCUGUACUGACAAGUUUCUCUAAUAGCCCAAAGAAGCAAACGGAAAGAAAAGAACGGCAGCCUGAAUCCAGCUGAGAUACUGAUUUUUUUUUUGUUCAGAUGUUUCAGUGCUACAUUAUACAAUAAAACCAUGAAAUUUUCUUAACAGUUUAAA